AUGCAGGCAAACCCAAGGCAGGUGGAAGGCGGCGAGGGGCGACGACGGCGGCGUCGACACGUGUGGCAGGAGGGUGGCGGUGACGAAAAGAGGAACGGCAGGAAGGCCAGAAAGGGCAGCAAGUGUGGAAGGAGCAAGGAGGACAUCAGCCGCGGGCGGACCCUCAACGGCUAUGGCGGCUUGCCCGGUAGGGUGGGCGGCAGGCUGCCCGGUGGAUGGGAUCCUGUAGGUGGCGCACCGGACUCCGGCUGUACUCUACCACCAGCAGCGAGGAUGCCACCGCCAGGCUCCAUGCAGACCCCAUAA